AAGAAAAAACGUUGAAAUCAGGUGAGUCAUUACCUAGUUAUUAUGGACAAGGUUAGGAAUACGGCAAGAUUGAGUGUGCAAACCUGUGUGCGUGUACCUGUAUUUAUAGAUCUGUGAGGUCUGAAAAAUGUCUUUGUGGGGACAUUUUUGUCUGGACGCCACAACUUUAAAGGCGUCUUGGAAUUAGAAUUGAGUUGAGGUUAGAGUUAGGGCAUGUGUCCUCACAAUGAUAUGAAAACACGUGUGUGUGUGCUGACCCUGGCCUCUUGGUUGGUCACCAGGGGGAAGCUGCAGAAAAGGAAUGGCUAACUGAUUCUAACCUCCCCAGCCCCCGUUUAGACCAAACAGCAGCCUCUCUCCCGCCUCAUGCCCUUAUCUUACCAGUGGAAUGCAACAGCUGUGCGGGGGAGCAGCGGGGUGGGCUGGCUGAAACCCCCCUGCCAGACCCCCGCACCGCUCCCCCACCGCCUCCACCUCCACCUCCAAGGGACGUGCUGGGCUCCUGGAAGGCAGCUCAACUAAAAAGUGAGCGAGACACACACACAGUGAGAGACUCGGCAGGGCUGCUGCACAUUCAAAACAGAGGGAGAGGGAGGGAAGAGAGAGAGAGAGAGCGAGAGAGAGAGAAAAGGAGAGUCAGGGACAGGCAGUGCUGAAAAGGAGAGCACAAAGAGAAGGAAAGUGGAGCAGGGGAGGGGAACAGGAGGCUGGGUGAAGGGAGAGGGAAAGACAAAAGAAGGAGAGGGGAGACUGAGCAGGGUGAGCGGAGGGGACUGAGCAAAUGGCUACGGAGGAAACGGCGGGGGGAGCCAGGAAAGCCACCAAGAGCAAACUGUUUGAGUUCCUGGUCCAUGGAGUGCGUCCUGGCAUGCCGUCUGGAGCGAGGAUGCCCCACCAGGGAGCACCCAUGGGCCCCCCCGGCCCACCGUAUGGAGGGAGCCCAGCAGUGCGACCCGGCCUGCCCUCCCCGGUGAUGGAGCCCAGUCGUAAGAGGCCUGCCCCCUCCCAGCAGGUCCAGCAGCAGCAGCAGCAGCAACAGCAGCAGCAGCAGCAGCAGUCCGUCCAGAACCGGGCCAGAAAGAAGCCAGUCGGAUUCCCCGGAGCCAAUGAGAUGCCGGCGAGGCAGAUGGACAUGAGAGAGCCCCAAUCAGAUCCCACGCUCGGAUCCAAUGCUAAGAGAAGGAAAAUGGCAGACAAGAUUCUUCCGCAAAGGCAGAUCCGUGAGCUGGUCCCAGAGUCUCAGGCCUACAUGGACCUGCUGGCCUUUGAGCGCAAACUGGACCAGACCAUCAUGCGCAAGCGUGUGGACAUUCAGGAAGCACUGAAGAGACCGAUGAAGCAGCAAAAGCGUAAACUGAGGCUUUACAUAUCCAACACCUUUAACCCGGCCCGGCCCGACGCCGACGACUCUGACGGCAGCAUUGCAUCAUGGGAGCUGCGAGUGGAGGGGAAGCUGCUGGAUGACCCUGGGAAGCAGAAGAAGAAGUUCUCCUCGUUUUUUAAGAGCCUGGUGAUCGAACUGGACAAAGACCUGUACGGUCCAGACAACCACCUGGUCGAGUGGCACCGCACGCCCACCACCCAAGAAACGGACGGUUUCCAGGUGAAGAGGCCAGGGGACGUGAGCGUGCGCUGCACCCUGCUGCUGAUGCUGGACUACCAGCCUCCCCAGUUCAAACUGGACCCUCGUCUGGCCCGCCUGCUCGGCAUCCACACUCAGACCCGCUCCUGCAUCAUUCAGGCCCUGUGGCAGUACGUCAAGACCAACAAGCUGCAGGACUCCCAUGACAAGGAGUACAUCAACUGUGACAAGUACUUCCAACAGAUUUUUGAUUGUCCUCGUCUGAAGUUCUCUGAGAUCCCUCAACGUCUCACCAACCUCCUCCUGCCCCCUGACCCCAUCGUCAUCAACCACGUCAUCAGCGUGGACCCUAACGACCAGAAGAAGACGGCCUGCUAUGACAUAGACGUGGAAGUGGAAGAUCCGCUGAAGAGCCAGAUGAGCAGCUUCCUCCUCUCCACCGCCAACCAGCAGGAAAUCGCCUCACUCGACAACAAGAUCCACGAGACCAUCGAGUCCAUCAACCAGUUGAAGAUCCAGAGGGACUUCAUGCUUAGCUUCUCCAGAGAUCCCAAGGGCUACAUCCAGGACUGGCUCAAAUCCCAGAGCCGAGACUUGAAGCUGAUGACAGACGUGGUGGGGAACCCCGAAGAAGAGAGGAGGGCGGCGUUUUACCACGAGCCCUGGUCCCAGGAAGCCGUCAGCCGCUAUUUCUACUGCAAGAUCCAGCAGAGGAGACAGGAGCUGGAACAGGCCUUAGCUGUGCGCAACACCUAAAACCAAGGCCCUCCUGAAUAUCUGCAUCUCAUUUCAGAGCUCUGUGUGUGUGUCUGUGUGUGUCUGUGUGUGUGUGUGAGGCCAUCGCUGAAGCCUGCUGAAACCUAAUACCUCUAAAAAAAAAUGUCACUAACUUUAAAAAACAGCCUUUGUUUUUGUGGAGGAGGAAGAGGAGGAGGUUUCCACAGGGUCAGCAGCGAUGUAAACGUACGGAAGCCGGAGUGUUCUUGUUUUUCUGUGCACGACUGUGAGGACACCCAACGCUUGCGCGGUCGACCAUCUGACCAUCGUCAGACUGAAAACCACACGUUGUUUGGCUCUCUGUAAAUUUGUCACUGACUCUCUCCGUUUUAUGACAAGAUCUCAAGCGGCUGCUCGCGACGUCACUGUCCGUCCUCACAGUCUUCUCAUUUUAUGAUUUUUUUUUAGGGGAUGUUUGAUUGUGAACGUGUGACUCUGUGUGUGUGUGUGUUCUUUUUUUCUUCCUGUUUGUUCUCAUGAGGAUAGUGUUUUUGAAACACUGACUACUUACACCAGCAAAGUUGAGGUUGCAGUGUGACACAUCGAGUGGAUGCAGGGAUAUCAGUGCUAUAAAUAAACCUGAGCUGUAGAUUUCAUUCACUCUCAGGUUCUAGUGAGUAAAUCAGUUUGACGACACGACGGCGUGUCUCACGCUUUAGUCUUUUUCCUACAACAGUAUUAGUAAACUGAGCGAACUGUAAGUAUUAUCACGUCAACAGAUCCACGUCUGUUCGGUUUAAUGAAGGAAAAAAAAACAAAAUAUUGACCAUGAUAGCGAGAGCUUUUUCUUCCCUUAAUCGAUGAAAAAUUGACUUCAUUUGUCACUCACUGCCUCUUGUUUGUGAAGUUUGUGCUUUUACCAGUUAUUGUAUUGAAGGUUCUACCAAAGGUUGCAACAAGAUGAAGAGAUCAUGAUCACUGAAACAGAAAUGGGCAAAAAUCCAGAUCUGGGUUUAAUAAUAGAAAAUUGCAAAAAGAAGGAGAAGAAGAAGAAAAAGAAAAAAAGACAGAGAAUUUACUCCCAAAAGUUUUCCUUUGUAGCUAAUUAGGUCUCAAAUUCUCUUAAAGUAUUUCUGCAAUAAACAUUUAAGCCUGUGGUUUGGAAAGCUUUGUCCAUUUCUACACCUUUUUUUGUUUUUUUUUAACGUUACAUGAAGAGUUUUCUUUCCGUCGUCUACAGAUGUGAAUGUAAAUAUGUUUGGUUUUUUUGUGCUCCUUUAAGAGGGCCCGCUGUACAGUAUAUGAUAUUAUGAGUGUUUGUUUUUUUUGGGGUGGGGGGGGUGGGGUGUAGAGGGUGAGGGCGGAUGGGGUACAUGAGUUUUGGAUUAGUAGUUCAGGAAUGUUAGCGUUCCUCUGUGUCCUCUCUGGGUUUAUUUUAGGUCCAUCUCUUGUCCGUCGUGGGAGCCCGGCGGCCUCCCUCGCUCUCAGUCACACGAUGUAAUCUGCACCACCCGAUCUCAUUUUACACCUUUUUUUAAAUGACACACGACUUGUAUGUAUAUGUUGUAAUGUCAGCAGUCAGUUUAGAGCUGGAGCCUGUGUUUUUUUUUCUGGGUUUCCGUUGCACUGUGCUGUAACUUCUCUCUGUCGCGCCUCUUGACACGCCAUGUGAUUGGACGAUUUCACGUCACCGAGACCUAUGCAUGCUCCAUACAUACAUCCAUCUGAUGAGACAGAAUGUGUACAUACAACAACAAGGUGGCAUACAUAACAGCCGGUGUGAGGAGCGUUGCAUACGCUGAAAUGCCUUCUGGGGACUUUUUUUUGCCAAAAAUGAUGUGCCCUACCAGCAACUAACUGUAGGUGUGAUUUUUUUUUUUCUUGACUGUGUUUUUGUUACUAGGUCUAAGUUAUAUUAACUGCACACGUUAGAGGAGAGCAGUAGACAGUAGUAGUAUCUUAAUCCUGUGUCUGAUCCAGAGUGAUUUUUCCUUUGUGUGGUCAGGGCAUUCACAUUGUUGUCACUGAGUCACUAGCGCCCUCUUGUGGAGGAACAUUAGAAGCUGCAGCUCCUGGGUGCACCCACCCGAGUCUCCGGACUGAACUGUCCCCCUUGUUUAAGCCCUGACUUUACUGUCCACAUGUUUUGUCCCACUCCCCUGCAUGUGUUUUACGAAGAGUGGGAACUGAACUCUUCCUCUCUGUUUACACUGUUGUCAGAGCGCCACCGACAGGACGAUUAUAGUAUACACAAUACUGUGCAUCUGUAAAGAGCAAAACUUGUUCGGUGAUGACAUUCUACAAAAGAGAAAAAAAGACGAGAACAAAAAAAAAGAAAGGGAAAACAGCUGUGACACUGCGAGACAGCCUGGAUGUAAAUAAAGAAGCGCUUGCCAAAGUUUGUAAAUGCCA